CGUCACUACACAAAGCAUCGUGGUAAAUGGUGUUUUUCUACUCUGCUGACUAACCACUGCCAGCUGUCAGGGUUCAACUCGAGCAGCUUUCCUUCUGCUUCAUGUGUUAGCCGCUGUUUAACUUCCUGCAGCUAUUUCUUCUCUGUACCUGGACGGCCUCUUGAAGCUACAGAAUGGGUCGUGGCUUUAUAGUAGAAGAUGCUGUGGAGGGAUAUCUGUCUAAAUUAUGUGAACAACAAGCAGGUCCAGUCACAGGACUGCUUAUUGGACAGAGCUCAUCCCAGAGGGAUUUCGUAAUCAUGGCAACUCGGACACCCCAAAAGGAGGACUCUACUGCAGCACCCGGGACGUCCCUGGACAAGGAGUGGGUUACUGAGCAUGCCCGACAGGUGUUCAGGAUGCUGCCUGGAGGCCUGUCUGUACUGGGAGUCUUCAUCAUCACUGAUAAUGAUGGCAAGGACACACUAACCACACUCAGACAGGUGAGAAUAACACACUGGCUCAUACAAAACCUAAUCUCCUCCGAGCGUCCGUGGAGCCUUUCAGACGACGACGUCACAGACUGUGUCACACUUCACGUCAACCCCAAAACCAGGAAAACCAUCUGCAGAACCUUUGACGUCAGAGACCCCAAGAGCGUGGCCAAGCCUGCAGACUGGAAGUACCAGUCCGGUGUGUGUUCCUCCUGGACCACGGUGUCAUGUUGUGUAAAUGUAGACAUGUUGGUGCCACUGCCAAACAACAGAACCAGUACAGAAAACAUGGACACAUGUCUUAAGGAGGGACUGAAAGUGUGGGCGAACCAGAUUAACAGUGGAGUUUGUCUGAUUGAUGGAAGACAGCUGCCAGAGGACACAGAGCUCACAGCAGGACAGAGGAGGAAUGUGAGACAGACGUACACAGCUCAGCUGCUCAUCACACCGGAUGAACAGAGGCUCACAGAUGUGGUCCAGCAGUGUGGAGGCAGUGUAUCAGUCAGAGGAAGCAUCCACAGCAGAGCUUACCUACACAGCAACAAACCAAAGGCCAAGCUAGCUGAGAAGCUGCUGAAGAGGGACGUGGUUUCUACAGUGGCCACGAGGGUUCAGAUGCUUCUGGAGGAGAUGCUCACAUCUGAGGAGGAGAGCAGGCAUCAGACUGAGCAGCUGUGUGUGCCUCGUCGUGUCUUUUGUCCUGUAAAAACCUCCGGGCCCGUGUGUGUGUGUGACUACCAGUUCAGUGACGAGGGCCUGUGUGAGCUGACCGACAGGCUGAAGGAGAUGCUGGACAUGGAUGCAGCUGAGGAGGACUUAGACACCAGGCAGGAGAGCACUCUUCAAACCAUCCACAGCAGUAUUACAGAAGAGCUGUCUGUGGAGUCUGUCGACGUGUUGGAACCCAAGAGGAGCAACUUCACUGGUGUUGCCAUAGCGACUGCUGUCGCCAUGCUUGCGGCCGCUGCUGCCUCGAUGCUGUACCUCAGUGAUGUCUGACACAUACACACUGAAAUAAAGUGAUUUCUGUUGGA